CCUGCGCAGAAGCCUCGCGCGCGUCGACGCAUGGUGGCUAACAGCUAAAUAAUAAUUAUUAAUAUUAGUUUCCAAAAUGUGGAUCAUUUGGUGUCUGAUGCUGGUGAUAGUAAGUGGGAAAGAGCUUACAGAUGAGGAGUACUACCGGAUGCCCCGCGUGUUCCACCUGGACGACUACGAGGCCUGCCUGUCGCGGCGCGGCGGCCUGUACUGCCUCGGCGCCUUCCGCCUCGCGCCGCGUAGCGCUGGCGACCCCGUCUACGACUUGAUGCUGGAAUACUCGAAGAUCCCGCAGAACUUCAACCGCACUGUGGUACGUCGCGGCUACUGCGUGAGCUCACGCUGCCCGCUGGAGGAUCCUUCUGAUCGCAACAACAGCUGGCGCUUCGAGCGCUGCGUGGCGCGCUGGGCGCAGGCGCAGGGCUUCCACUCCACCCCGCACUCUAUAGAGUACUGCCGCACCACGGAGCAGAGACAAGCCAAGGCAAGCAGCGAGGUAGACACCCCAGUGAUCGUGUUCACUGCGGUGGUCCUCUGUGUUCUGUUCUUGAAUGUAGUCGGCACUGUCUACGACCUGAACACGCCUGACAGUGAUAAAAAGAGCCCACUGCUGAUGGCGUGGUCUGCGCGCAGCAACUGGCGGCGCCUCACCGACUGCACCGGCCGCGCGCCCGACCUCGCUCCUCUGUCCGGAGUCAGGGUGGUGGUGAUCCUGCUGGUCGUCAACCUGCACGGCGGGCUGUUCUACUACAUGACCUACACCUACAACACGAGGAGCUUGGAACAUAUGAUGCGGACGCCGGUGGUGGAGCCGGUGCGCAACGGCACGUCGCUGGUGGAGAUGUUCGUGCUGCUGUCCAACUUCCUGCUCGCGCACCAGCUGCUGCGGCAGGCGCGGACUCACAGCGUCGGCCUCAGGCUGCUGCCCAAGAUCUGGCUGGCCCGGUUCAUCAGACUGUCAGCCCUGCACCUGCUGGCAGUAGGCUUCGCUGGGACGUACUGGCCGCUGCUGGGCGACGGGCCAAUGUGGCACGCGGUGGAAACGUCAGCGAGGGUCUGCCGCCGCAAGUUCUGGGCGCACCUGCUGAUGCUGCAGAACCUGGUUGACCCCUACAACCAGUGCAUGCUGCAGACUUGGUUCGUAGCUGUAGACAUGCAGCUGUUCCUGCUGACAAGUGUUCUGGCGCUGCUGCUGCUUCCGCGGCGCCGCUGGGCGCUGCCGGUGCUUGGGACCCUGCUGGCGGCAUCUAUUGCUGCCAACGGCUACUUCGCCUACUUGUUCGGCUGGAAGACGCUGUACUUGGAGUUGACGGCCGAGAACGCGCACGCGCAGUUUGUGGGCGUGGCGUCGCUGGCGCUGUACUACGCGGCGCCGUGGGGCAGCCUGCCCGCCGCGCUGCUGGGGCUCGGCCUGGCCUUCCUGCACGCUAGCCUGCAGGAGAAGGGGUUCCACAUCCACCACCAUAAGUGGCUGACGUGUGUGUGCCGCUACAGCGUGCCUCUGAUCGUCGCCUACAUGGCGUCGGGCGCCGCCGCCCACCACAUCACCUCUAAACUCGGUAUCGCCAUCUACGUAGCGCUAGAGAGACCUAUCUUCAGUUUGCUCUGCGCGCUGCUGCUCUUCGGACUUGUCAACAACGUCGAUAACACGUUCCGUCGCGUGCUGUCGUGGCGCGGGUUCGCGGUGGCGGGUCGCGUGACGCUGGCCGCGCUGCUGCUGCACUGGCCGCUGGAGCUCGGCCUGCACGCCCGCUCACAGGUGCCGCUCAGCUACUCGCACUACGGCUUUCUGUACGGGUUCGUGUCGACAUCCGUCUUAACGUACGCGCUGUGCAUACCCAUCACUGUUCUGUUCGAGACGCCUUUCCAGCGGAUGCUGACUGCGAUGUUUUAGAGAAUACACCUGUAGACUUAGACAAAGUAACUCGGUUUUAUAUGGGUACAUAACUAAUUUUAUACAUUUGUAGUUUGUAGCUAUAAUUAUGUUGAAAUGUAAAUUAUGUAGCAGUAGUUAAUUAUAUUUGUUUUAUGUUUAUUAUACUUUAUUUAUACCACCCGCCGCCUUUCCCUUUUUUUACUUUUUUUUAUGUACAAACUUUUGUAUUCUCGCGCCUCGCGCCUUUUCACGGUGGCAAAAUUGGAAUGUUGCCAGGAUCGUGAUUUUUCCACUGAAACUUGUUUUAAUGGUUAGAUCUGUCUUUUCUUAGAUUUGUCCCUAGAAAAUAGGUGUUUCAUAAAAGUGCGAUUAUUUAUUGUUAAUGUUUUCAUCCUUCAUCCUUUGUUACCACUUUUUAAGCAAAUACAUUAUUUCUUUCAAAAAACAUUGACGUUACGGGUCUCUUCUGUAGAACUUUGACGCGCUUUAUCUCUUUCUUAAACAUUAGUUUCGAAAGUGAAAAAUAUGGUGUGAAGUAUUUUUGGUAUAGUUCUGACGGACUGAAUCAAACUCUUGCUUUAGUACCCAGCAAACAUUCCUAUUGUUAAUGGCAGUUACAUUUUGCUAAGUAUUUUAAUGUUACUUAAUAGUAAAAGGAAGUUGUGCAAAAGUAACAAGAAUUUGCCACUGAUCACAAAUAAAUUCCGUGCCCACCCCAGAAGGGCUAUUGCUCAUCCCAGAAAAUCUUAGAAAUAGGAAAUCUACAUACUUUAUGACACUAAACGCACAGAAUAAUAUGCCAACAUAAUAUAGCCGCCAAGCAAUGGCGCCGGAACACAAAAGUUUAGGGUUUGAAACAAGCAUUUUGUUUAUGUAUUAUUAUAGAAAUGUUGUGACAUUUAUUUAUUUGCAUUUCAAUAACUAAUUGAAUGAGAUGGUUACAUUAUAAUAGUUCUACGAUAAGUGAUGUGG